ACUGAAUCGGAAGUUUUGGCCCGCAGUUGCGUGGAAAUGGGCACUGAUGGGCGGAGUGGGCUUCGGCCCGGCAAGGGGAACACCGAAGGGGUGACAGCUGGAAAGGGGAAGACGGAUGGGGUGGCAGUGACUCCUCCUACUGCUGCUGCCUCGGCCUCCUGCCAGUACAGGUGCAUCGAAUGCAAUCAAGAGGCCAAGGAGCUGUAUCGAGACUACAGCCACGGCGUGCUGAAGAUAACCAUCUGUAAAUCCUGCCAGAAACCUGUAGACAAAUAUAUCGAGUAUGAUCCUGUUAUCAUCUUGAUUAAUGCUAUUUUAUGCAGAGCCCAGGCCUACAGGCAUAUUCUUUUCAAUACCAAAAUAAAUAUGCACGGAAAACUCUGCGUGUUUUGUUUGCUUUGUGACGCGUACCUGAGAUGGUGGCAGCUUCAAGAUUCGAGCCGGAGCGUUGAUCCUGACGACUUUAUCAGAUAUGCUAAAGAGUGGGAUUUCUAUAGAAUGUUUGCAGUUGCUUCUCUAGAACAAACUGCCUAUUUUACUGGCAUUUUUACUUUCCUGUGGGUAGAACGACCCAUAACAGCGAAAAAAACCCUCAACUUCGCUUUGCUGCUGAAAGCGUUGUUAUUAUCUAGCUACGGAAAACUCUUGUUGAUCCCAGCUGUCAUUUGGGAGCAUGACUACACACCCCUGUGCCUCAGACUCAUUAAAAUAUUUGUCCUCACGUCAAAUUUUCAGGCAAUUAGAGUGACCCUAAACGUCAACCGCAAGCUCUCCUUUUUGGCCAUCUUGAGUGGCUUACUGGUGGAGAGUGCCAUGGUCUACUUCUUCCAGAGGAUGGCACGGGCUCUUGGAAGUGACUGUGCCAUCUAUAAAUCUGAAGACUUUUGAAGAGGUACAGAGCAUCUCUCAGUGUUCAUGCACGCAGACAGGUGUCCUCCUCAAAUUAGACAGAUGUCGUCGCAGAAUACAUCACCCGCCCCCCGGCACCCAGGUGCCUCGAGGUCACCUCCAUCUCCCUCGGGGUCUUCAGGGUCCUGCACUCUAGUUCUUUUGUCAUCCACAGUGACAUCAAUAGCUAUGUUUUUGUUGCUUCUGGAGCCCUGCUCUCACAGUUCUGUUACACCUUCCCUCCAACGCACUCCUACUAAGACCUCGGACUCUGAAAUCUGUGCCGCCGACAGCCGUCUCCCGCCCUUUCCAACCGUUCCACUCCCUCCCUCCCAUCACCCCUGCCUUUGCUGCCUUUUGUACCUCUCUUCCCUAAACCUCUCACUUUCCUCUACUUCUCACCUCCCUUGCCUCUCUUUUAACUGUGCCUGGAACCUAGAGGCAGCUGUUGCCUCAUCCUCUGUUAGUCCCUGGAAACGAGCCAGCUUCCUGCCCUUCUGUCAGCGCCCCCGUUAGAGCUCUUGGGGUGAGUCCACCACCCGUUUCCUCUGUGAAGGCUGGCAGGCGGUCCCUGUGUCUGCACAGAGCACGGCCGGGUGGCUGCUCCUGUCUCGAGGGCACCUCUAGGGACCCAACACACACACACACACACACACACACACACACACACACACACACACACACAGCGGCCUUAGAGCAGUUGUUCUGAAGUCUUCCUGCACUCCUUACUUCCGUGUCUGCCGUCACUUUGCUGAGAAUUGAGACUUACCAACUCCUUGAGUGUCCUUCUUCGUUCCAGAACUUGUUCGGGCGUCUGCCUUCUUUCCUCCUUCCCUCCAUCCCGUCUCGGAGUUAUGCUCAGCUUUCCACCCCCCGCCCCCCCCCCCGGGCGGAUUCCACCCUGCAGGUGUCCUCCUGCCUCUGGUCACCCUCAGGGGUCUGGACCACAGCUGCAGUCUGCCUUGAGGCAGGACGGGGCCGACUUGAAGGCGGGGCAGCUGGCGAGGGAAGCACAGGGCAGGAGGGAGCAGGCGCCUUAAGCCGAGGCAGCUGUCGGCGGGCGCGUCCUCCUCUUCCCGCAGACCUUCUCCGCCUCUCCUGGUACCUCGGCCUCCCUCCUCCCUGCCCAGCUCACCCUCUUCCUCUCCACACCCUCAGACAUUGCUGCCUCAUCACCCUCUCUCGUCUGUGCUGGCUCCUUCCCCUCUGCCAACAGAUGCGUGCAGCUCUUCACUUGGGAGCAGCUGCCCUGAGCCCCUCUCUCCACUGCCUCUCCUCUUUGCAAAACAUACUUCCUCCCUAGUCUCCUGAGCCACUGCUCCUGAAGUCAGAAGGCAGCCAGCCGCCAGCUCUGCCAGGCUCCUUCCCGCCCCCGCUCUGCUCUGGAAGCGGCUGGCUUCUGACACAGGCCGCCCGGGCCCUUUCUGUCACUGACUUCCCUGUGCCCGGCUUCCGUCCUCAGCCCCCCCCCCCCCCCCCCCCGCUUCUCUCUCCUGCCGUGCAGACGCUCGGCUUCCGCACGCCUUGACCCAUCUCUUAGUGCAGGCUGCUUUCAGAUCUUUCCAGAUCUGAUACCUCUAGCCCUCCGCCUCUGCCAGGUCACUCAUGCCCUUCCACUGCCUCCGAGAUACUGCCAGGACGGUGUGGCCAUUACCUCUAAAAUCGAACUCAGUACCCCGCCCGCCCGUCCCCAGGAAAACAGAACCUUCCUGAUGGCUUCUCAUCUUGUCACUCAGACCCCAGCCCAAGCCUCCUGGUCUCCUGCUUCAAAGUUUAUAACAGACUCGCCCACCUUCAACCCAUCUUCACAGAGCACCACUCCUGGUGUGUCUCUGAAUUUUUCAUCCUUUCCUGUUGUGGACAGGAGCUUCUGGUCUCCUCCUGAGAAACACCUUUUCCUGUUCUCUGAGCUCUAGUGCUAACCUGUCCUCUGUGGGCACGCUCCUGCCCAUGUUCUCUACCACACCCUCCUCAUCCCCAAAGAUGUCACGCCCUCCCCAGGACCCGGAGGGGCCUGUCCUCCGCCUAACCAGGUCCAGUCACCUUUGCUUCUCCGUGGAACGAAGACCUUCCCCACAUUCCAGUCUGUCGUGCUCACUCCCUCCGUAGACCUCCCUCCCGGUGCCCAGCUCGGCACAGUCACGCUGCCGGAGCUCCCGAGACCCUCCCGGUGCUGAACACCUGUCCCCUCCUUCUGUUAGCACUUCACUUGUCAGGCUACCCAUGACAGCUUCUGGUUAGGAGCAGGUCACCUGUCUUUAACGUCCUUUACGUUGUCUCAUGUUUUAUGCUUGUCUACCCCAGUCUGGUUGGGCGCCGGGAGAGGCCAUGCCUGUGUUAACUGUGUCUCCCAUAGUACAGGGCCUGCCCUAAUAAGUAUCUGUUGAUUUGAUUUUCAGCAGAAUAUGCCACUCUGAAUACUUCAUUUAUCAUCCACAGUUUCCUUUUUUUUACUCUGUGGGGCAUGACCAGCUGCAUCGGUAAAAUAGAAGGCGUAAAAUACAAACCAAGCUUCUUGUUACUGUUGUGUAAAAUGAAGCAAAGAUUUUGAUAUACUUCCUGAAAAAGAAAGGAAGGGUUAUGGCGCUGGGGACUCCUAACCCUACCACCCCACCCCUACAUGUAGGAAACAACUAAACCACAUAGGGACACACACAGAGACACUCACACAAACCCAAGGAACUAAUGCAGGCAACAAGUGAAGAUGUGUACAUUAUAGAUGGUUCGGGUAAGCAUCUGAAUUGAAGGAACAUGAAUUCAUGAGUCACACAUAAGAAAAGAUCUUUGUUCAUUCCUUUGACAUAUUUAUAUCUUUUUAAUUUAAAUGUUAAUGGUUAAAAUAAUAUUUUGUGUUCUUACAACAAGAGAAACGCUUUUCUCUCAAGGCAGUCACAGUAAACUGAGCUUUUGUGAAUAUUUAAUUCAGUAUCUUCCCCUGUAACUAAGUUCCUCUUUAAAAUCAGCUGAUCCAAAAAUAAAUAACUAAAAACAACUGAACUGUCCACUUAACAGGAGUGAAUUAUAUCUCAAUAGAGCUGUUAUUAAAUAAAUAAAUAUC